AUGGCUUGGCAGGAGGCGAAGCCCCGGGGCCCGCGGGAAGCCCGGCGGGCAGCGCGGGGGCGCGGGGCCCGGGCCGGCGGGGGAGCAGCGCGCUCCCCGGGCGUGAGGGACGCGGAGCCGGCGCGGGGACCCCGGGCCGCCGCGCCCCAGGAUGCGCCGUCGCCGCUGCUGCUGCUGCUGGCGUUCCUGCUGCUGGCGGCCCUCCCGGAGCCCUGCCGGGCCGACCCGGGAACAGACAAUCUACAGAUAACUGUCACCCCCACCCCAGAGUCCUUUCCUCGUGGGAAAUUGUUGCCGAUUUCACCAACAUGGCCUUUCUCUGAAGUCCAGUCUUCCGCAGCGGGCAGAGUUGGGACUGUGCUGGGCCCUACCCCUGACAACACGAGCUUGCUGCAGGUGGCCCGGACACUGCCUCCCAAGGCGCACCGCAGAGCUAGGGCCCACGGGGACUUCCCUCCCCCACCUUCCCAAGGAAGUGGCCAUAGCACCUCCCUUGAGCCUUCUAAGGAUUCCACCGAAUCCCUGGUCCCACCAAGAAUUCAAGGGGCAGAAGAAGCAGCUGCUGCGUCAGGUUUGCCUCACACCAGCAUGAUCCCUCCCUUGUCCACUCUCCUUUCUGUGACAUCCUUGAGAGCAGUCCUUGUAUCCCAGCCACUAAGGGUAGGGGCGCCUUUCAUUUCCAAACAACAUUCCCUGAAGUCAGACGUUCUCCUGUUUCUCCCCCCAUCUUCAUCCUCUUCAUUGACUCCUGACUCAUCACAUCAUUCCAUCAUCUUUUUUAAACCAGCAGAACCACCCACCCAAGAGCCCUUGUUCCCCCAAACAGCUCCAGUGGACAUCUCAAGCCAGAGUGUAGCUAAUCCCCUGCACCCAUUUGCUGAUGCAGUGAACCACACUCCAGCCCCCAGAGCCCGGGGUUUAAUCGGCACCCCUCAUCUAGGCUUUUCUGGAUCCUCCACAAAACAGUUUUCUGAGCUCUCCUCCCCAGAGGACGCUCAUUCAGCAGGCUCCCCCAAACCCAAGGCUUUGCGAUCUGGGACACAAAGAGACCUGGCCCACAUGUCUCCCCCUCACUUAGCACCUGGAAGUCUUCUUCAGCUUCCAGGUGGAACUCCCUCAAGGCCAUUGUUGGAAGUGACUUCAAGUCCUGCAUCCACCCAGCCAGUGGAAGCUGAGGUGGCUGAAAGAGUGCAUCAUGGGGUGUCUUUGCCGGCUUUUAAGAGCAUGGUAGCAGAGACCCAUGAGGCUGAGCCUUCUCUUUUCCAGCCUGCAGAAUCAGUGGCAGUAGAAAUGACCAGCAGAAAGCUAGCUCCUACUACUACAGAUGACUCUGCUAACCCACUGCAUUUGUCAGCAGCUCCAGAGAAUUCCGAAGGGCCUGCCCUUUCAACAGAGCACACUUCUUUGGUGCCUUCUUCUCUGCCUCUCACUACAGCUAGCCGGGGGCAAACCAUCCUUUCUGGGGUGGUUCCUGGAUCACCAUCGAAUGGCAUGGCAGCAGACUUGCCCUCCACCCUGCCUUCCUUCUGGUCGACAGAGAGUCAUGUCUCUCCACCCCCUGACUCCCCAAUGUCAACUCCUCAAGAAGAGGACAAUGAUAGACCCCCUCUGACUGCAGCACCAGACUUCCUCCUCUCACGCAAACCUAACCUUCGCUCCACAGCCUGGACAUUUCCCCUGCAGAAAGAGGAUGAUGUGACAGCUGUUUCAAAGGAAAGUGAAAAGACAGAGGUGAUCGUCACUCUCCAGACCCUUCCGAAAAAAGAGAUCCCCAGUCUUCUCACCAUAAAUGAAUUUGCCUCUGAAUUCAGCACAGGACGCUUUUCACCAACUGUCACUACAACACCAAGGAUGGCCCUCCCCCCUUCAGCAUUGCCUGUGACUUCCUUCUCCUCUGGAGGAACCCCCCAGACUGUUUCCCAGUCUCCUCCCUUUUCCAGCACCAAGUCAGAGACUUCUGCAGCUGCACUGGACCCUUCUGAGUUGCCGAUUUCAGCUUCCAAACAGGUGACAGCCUUUCCCUCCUCCACUGAGGUCUAUGAUUUCUCAACAAUGGAACACAUGAUAAAGCCAGACAUCACAGAUGUUUCCUGGAGUUCUCUUUUAGCAGAAACUGGAUCCCUUUCCACAGAACCAGUGAUAACUGGCUUGCUGCAGCAAACAAAUUAUGAUGUAAAUGGGGACACAAUUAACUCCACAAGUUGGGAAACUCAUUCAGUUUCAACUACUCCUCCCCCUGAUUUAACUUCAGCUGUCAGGACAAUAAAAGCUCAGAAUUUAAAAGAUACUGCUGGACAUUUAGCAACUGCAGAAGGCUUUAGCAUUCCAAAUCCAGUCCUUGGUACAAGCAUCCAACAGCCCAUCCAACAGUCAGUCGCUACCAUAGUUGGAAACCGUACAGACCUCUCGUCUGUAAGCAGCAACAAUCAUUCCAGGGACUUCCAAGCAGCUGAGGUUGAAGAUUACCCUUCCACAAGUCAGUCUUCCAUGUCUUAUCCUUCUCCAACACAUCCACUUUCGCCAGCCUCUCCAAGUCUAACUUCCACCGCUAGCAUGCAGGAAAUGUUUGCGGAUGGAAAGGAUACAGGCUUCCCAAUUUCCAGCGACACCUAUCCGUCUCCUGCGAGGAAUGCUUCUACAAGAUUCCAGAGCGUUCUGAAAUAUCACUUUACUGCUGAACCUCCACCUCUCUCAACCACUGCCUUAUUCAAAGUGCCCCUGGCUUCUCAGCGCCCCAAGAAAUGGACAGGUGCAGCCACUAAUGCAGUGGACUCCUCAGUGUCAUCCAAGGGAGAACCAACAGCAGCAGCAGCCACACUGUUUCUGAAGAAAUCAAGCCUGCCGGCGCUGUCAGCAGCCCUAGUGGCUAAGGGUACUGGUGGUAGUCCUUUGGCCGCGGCCUCAGGAUUAGUCAAGAGUACUGCUCCAGCUAAAAAUGUCACAAACAGUGCAGCAUCUGGCCCAAAGGUGACCCCAGGGGCAGUCCACACAGCCUUCUCGUUCACGCCAACCUACAUGUUUGCAAGAACAUCACACACCGUGAGCGCCCAUACAGCCAUGCAAGGGAACACGGGCACUGCCUCUGGCCUGUUGUCCACAACACACCUCCCCAGGAAGCCACAAGCCAUGCACCCAGGCCUCCCAAACCCCACCAACCCAGACAUGCCCAGGGUGUCCACCACACGCCCACUGACAAUCACAGCAGCCUUGACCUCCAUCACUGCACCAGUAAGGGCCACCCGGUUGCCCCCUGUGCUGGCAGAAAACACAGAUGCUGCUCUUCCUGCUGUGUCAACUGCAGUGGUCACAACUGGCAAGAUGGCGUCCAGCCUGGAGUGUCAGAUGUCCACUAAGCUCCUGGUGAAGACAGUUCUCUUUCUGACCCAAAGGAGAGUACAGUUCAGUGAAUCCUUGAAGCUCAGUAUAGCCAAAGGGCUCACGCAGUCUUUGCGGAAGGCUUUCCACCAGAAUGACGUCUCGGCCCACGUGGACAUUCUGGAACAUUCUCAUAAUGUCACGGUUGGGUAUUAUGCUACCAGAGGGAGGCUGGUGUACUUGCCUGCCGUAGUGAUCGAAAUGCUGGCUGUUUAUGGGGUCAGCAACGUCACUGCAGAUCUGAAGCAGCAUACCCCAAACUUGCAGUCUGUGGCAGUCCUAGCCUCCCCUUGGAAUCCCCAGCCUGCUGGCUCCUUCCAGCUAAAAACAGUGCUGCAGUUUGUGAGCCAAUCUGAUAAUAUCCAAUCCUGCAAGUUUGCUCAGACAAUGGAGCAGAGGCUGCAGAAGGCCUUCCAGGAUGCUGAGAGGAAAGUCCUGAAUACCAAAAGCAAUCUGACUAUCCAGAUUGUGGCUACAUCCAACGCCUCCCAGACAGUCACCUUGGUGUACGUGGUGGGCAAUCGGAGCUCCUUCCUCAACGGCACGGUUGCCAGCAGCCUUCUCCGCCAGCUCUCAGCUGAGCUGGUGGGGUUCUACCUCACCUACCCUCCGCUCACCAUUGCUGAACCGCUGGAAUAUCCCAACCUUGAUAUAUCAGAAACAACCAGAGACUACUGGGUCAUUACAGUGCUGCAGGGCGUGGACAAUUCGCUGGUGGGCUUGCACAACCAGAGCUUUGCCCGGGUCAUGGAGCAGCGCCUGGCCCAGCUCUUCAUGAUGUCCCAGCAACAAGGCCGGCGAUUUAAGCGGGCCACCACCCUGGGAAGCUACACGGUGCAGAUGGUAAAGAUGCAGCGAGUGCCAGGACCCAAGGACCCAGCGGAGCUGACCUACUAUACCCUGUACAAUGGAAAGCCUUUGCUGGGGACCGCAGCUGCCAAGAUCCUCAGCACCAUUGACUCCCAAAGGAUGGCCUUGACUCUGCAUCACGUUGUCCUUCUGCAAGCUGACCCCGUGGUGAAAAGUCCACCCAACAACCUGUGGAUCAUCGCCGCAGUGCUGGCACCCAUCGCUGUGGUCACAGUCAUCAUCAUCAUCAUCACUGCCGUGCUCUGCCGGAAGAACAAGAACGACUUCAAGCCGGACACCGUGAUGAACCUGCCUCAGAGAGCAAAGCCUGUGCAAGGCUUCGACUAUGCCAAGCAGCACCUGGGCCAGCAAGGGGCGGAUGAGGAGGUCAUCCCUGUGACUCAGGAAACAGUGGUGCUCCCUCUCCCUACUCGAGAUGCCCCUACUUCGCAGGAAAGGGACGUCGCUCAUGAUGGAAGCACCAUCAAGACAGCCAAGUCUACAGAAACCCGAAAGAGCAGGUCGCCCAGUGAGAACGGCUCUGUCAUCAGCAACGAAUCAGGGAAGCCCAGCUCGGGGAAGCACUCGCCCCAGAAUGUAAUGGCACAGCAGAAAGUGACAAAGGAGGAGGCUCGAAAGAGAAAUGCACCUGUGAGUGAUGAAGAAGAUGGAGCCGUUCUGUUUGACAACUCUGGCAAGACAGCUGCUGAUCCCUUUGACACGUCUUCUGGAUCUGUGCAGCUCAUCGCAAUAAAACCCACUGCCCUCCCUGUGGUACACCCCACCUCAGACAGGAGCCAGGAGCCGGCAGUCCUCAACGGCGAGGUGAACAAGGCCCUGAAGCAGAAGUCUGACAUUGAACACUAUCGGAACAAGCUGCGCCUCAAAGCCAAGAGGAAGGGCUAUUACGACUUCCCGCCGAUGGAGACAAACAAGGCUCAGACGGAAAGAAAAAAAAUGUAUGAGAAGGCCCCAAAGGAAAUUGAGCAUGUUUUGGACCCAGAUCCAGAAUUGUGUGCCCCGUUUGCUGAGUCUAAAAACAGGCAACAGAUGAAGAACUCCGUCUACCGAAGCCGGCAGAGUCUGAAUAGCCCGAGUCCGGGAGAAACGGAGAUGGACCUUCUGGUGACUCGGGAGCGACCCCGCCGAGGAAUCCGUAACAGCGGAUAUGAUACUGAGCCUGAAAUCAUAGAGGAAACCAACGUGGACAGAGUUAAUGAGCCCCGGGGCUAUGCCAGGGCCAGGCAGGGCAAAGGCCACUCGGAGACCUCAACUCUGAGCUCCCAGCCCUCCAUCGACGAGGUCAGGCAGCAGAUGCACAUGCUGCUGGAGGAGGCUUUCAGCCUGGCGUCCUCGGGCCACGCAGGCCAGACCCGGCACCAGGAGGCCUAUGGCUCAGCACAGCACCUGCCCUACUCCGAGGUGGUGACCAGCGCUCCGGGUACCAUGACGCGGCCCAGGGCUGGGGUCCAGUGGGUGCCAACCUACCGCCCAGAGAUGUACCAGUACAGUCUGCCCCGGCCGGCCUACAGGUUUUCUCAGCUUCCUGAAAUGGUCAUGGGCUCUCCCCCGCCACCUGUACCUCCCCGGACUGGCCCUGUAGCUGUUACUUCUCUCAGGCGGUCCACCUCGGACAUCGGCAGCAAGACCAGGAUGGCCGAGUCUGCGGGGCCCGAGCCGGCCCAGCUGCAUGACAGCGCCUCCUUCGCGCAGGUGUCCAGGGGCCAGGUGUCCGUGGCGCAGCUGGAUCAGUCUGCUUUAAAUUACUCAGGUAAUACGGUGCCGGCCGUGUUCGCCAUCCCAGCUGCCAACAGACCAGGCUUCACUGGCUACUUCAUCCCGACGCCUCCCUCAUCCUACAGGAACCAGGCCUGGAUGUCCUAUGCUGGGGAGAAUGAGCUCUCGAGCCAGUGGGCCGAUUCGGUCCCCCUCCCGGGGUACAUCGAGGCUUACCCACGGUCACGUUAUCAGCAGAGCUCACCCUCCAGGCUUCCUCGCCAGUACAGCCAGCCAAGCAGCAUGCACCCCAGCUUGGAGCAGGCCCCGGUGCCCUCCACAGCGGCCUCCCAACAGAGCCUGGCAGAGAAUGACCCAUCUGACGCACCCCUGACCAACAUCUCCACGGCGGCCCUCGUGAAGGCCAUCCGGGAAGAGGUGGCCAAGCUGGCCAAGAAACAGACAGACAUGUUUGAGUUCCAGGUCUAAUGCCUGAGCCCCUGGGAACUUCAAACACAAGGAAAUAGUCGUCAGGUUUCUCAAGCCUAACAUGUUGGAACUGGAGUCACAUCAGUGUGUGAAUCUUUCUCGCCCUCCCUUACUGAAAAAGUGAACAGUGGGGCUUCUGGGAAUCAGAGCAAAACUCUUAAACGACUGGAUUCUCAUUAUUCCACUGAUUCUAUGUCAAGAAGUCCCUGCACGGGACCAUAUGUUUGACAUUCUGUUAUGUUAAAUGUUUGAACUAUGGGUGCAUUUCCCUACGGAGCCUUAGUCACAAGAGACAUUAGCUAUCUGCAGAUUUCUGAGCAAUGCCACAUUUUAAUAAAUCACCAGAGGGGAGAAUACAGCUCUAUCUUUUGUGACCUCUGCAUGUUAACUCCGUUUCUGUUUUAAAGGCAAUGCAGGGGUGUGAUUAAGCACCAGACUGCUCUCUCUCAUCAGCUGUGACUGUAUUCCUUAAAAUCACCUCUGGUCUGUAAGGGAGACACUGACUCCAGCCAAGAAACUUGACUCCCUUUCUCUUCUAAAGGUUCAUAUUCAAAGUCAAAUGAAUUGGAUAAAAAUCAGUACUCUCAAUGACUGCACCUAUAAAUAGUCCUGGCUCUUCCCCCCCAUUAAUUAAACAAAGACCAAGAGAGAGAGGAGAUGAGAGGAAAUGGUUGAUGUGUGUUGACAGGCUUUUGAAAACGUGUUGUCAUUUUAGAUUCAGAGAACCCUGCAAGGUGGGAUCUAACAGAAAGAGAAUCGGUGCUAAGAGCUUUUAGGAUCCUACAAAAGAAAAAGUUACUCAUGGAGGUUUUUUCUUUGCCUUGCAAUGAAGGGGGCCUGAGAAUGAAGCAUCUUUCUUUUGAGGAAACAGAUACAUCGACUUGUACAAGAAAGUCUCUGCCCCUUCAUCAGUGAUGUUCAGCAUGUGCUGCCGAGCAAUGCAAAAGGAAAUAGUCAUUGAUGCCUGUUUGAAGCCGAAAUAGUGGAUCCGCAGCCUCCCCAGGCUGCAGCCUCUGUUUGUGGAAGCUUCUGAAUGUAGAAAACCUGUUAAUUUAUGUUUAAAUGUAAAUAACUUUUUAAAAAAGUGUAUGGAGUUAGCCAGUGCCCUUUGCACCCUAUAGUUAAUGGGCGCAGGAGGACUUCAACAGAAAUGGUGGGGCUGCUGACCUUGUGACAAAGAUGUUGCAAAUCACCCUCCCAGGCAUGGCCAGUCAGCCUGCAGAAUUCUGUAUGGGCACUGCCUCUCAGCCCUGAGGCACCAGUCGCUGACUGUCACUGCAAACAAAACAACUACUGACUUUGGGUACCCCAGAGAGAAUGAACAGUCUGGUUUCCUCACCAACGUUGGGAGCCAUGCACGAUAUUGGGGGCUUAUUGGUGUCUGUUGGAGAACAAGGUCCUGUCCUGCCUUCACCCAUGACCCAUCUAGCUUCAGCUGUUAUCCAUCCCCUUCUGAGCCUAUCCUUCCAUUCUCCUCAUGAGUUUCUUUGGUCUUUACUAAGAGAAGAAGGUGGAAAUUUAAAGUUGAGAGAACAGUAGGAGUGGGACUGACUAGGAUGGGAGAUUCAGACUGUCAAAGCACAGACUUUUCAAAGAAGCUGUUUUUAUUUCCCAAUGGCAAAUUGCCCUUUCUGGAAUGUUCCAGAAAUGAUGUGUCAUGGAAACCCCAAACAAGUCCCUUGUUCAGAUGAUAUUAGGUAGUGUCCUUUUGGUAUGCUGGUUGAUCUUUCAUAGUGUUAGUUUUUUGUUACUUAAAAAAAAUCAGCUAUAAAUAAAAUGUAUUUUUGUAAUUUCCAUGUGUAUAUAUGGUAUAUUUCUACCAAUGGCCAGUUAUUGUAGUCCAAAACCUAAAUCAGCUUGCAAAACACUGUGGACGGUGCAAGAUUUUAUGGACAGAUUAACACAAUGCCUAAGUCUAUCCAAAUAGGUAUUCAAUGCACUUGAAUGAACAAAGAGCCAAAGAAACUCAGCCUUUUCAUGCAAAUGGUAUGAGUCUGAUAAAGUCAGCUACAUUGUCCCGCCUUACCAAUAAUAUUUCAUCAGUGCAAUGAUCUCACCCAAUACUUUUGUCUACUUGGUAAAUGCCUGGAAAUACUGUAUAUGAAAAUGAAGUUUCAAGACCUUAGUAUGAUUAAAGUAUAUGCACAUGCUUCAAAGACAGUGUCUGAGCUUUGGACAUUCCAGUGAUUUUUUUUUUUUUUUUUAGAGAAUGAGCCUACAGUUUGCUU